UCUUUUUCAUUAGUAUUUUCUUCCUAUAUUUUUUUUUCCUGAUUUUUCUUGAUCUCAUUUCCUUCCUUAAAUCUCUUUACUUUGUCUGUGAAGCUGUAAAGCUCAGUCGUUUUUUGUUUCUUGCACUGAAAAACUUACCAGCAAAAACCCAUACAAGAAAACGCCAUUAAUUCAGCUUCAAACGGAGAAAUCUCUAAGUUCAAUACUACUGAAAAGUGAAUACCCAUCUCAAUCUGUCAAAGAUAAACAAUUUAAUUUUGUUUUUUCAAUCUGGGUUUGUAUCAAAUUAGUUAAAUUUUUGAGCAUUUUAGCUUUGCAUUCAUGGUACCUUAAAUGGGUUCUCUUGAAAAUGGGGUUUUGUUGAAGAAAGAUCAACAACAAAACCAUAAUAACAUUGGUAGAGUUUCUUCUUUCCCUAAACAUCAAAGACCCAGAUCGAGAUUUCCAAGGUUUUUGCUUUCUAAGAGAUUGGGUUAUCUUCAAUGGAUUUCCACCAUUGUUGUGUUCUCUGUUUUCUUGGUGUUUUUUCAAACCUUUUUACCAGGUUCAGUAAUGGAAAGACCUGGGAAUUCAAGAAAAGUUACGGAUUUUAUGAGUGAAGAUUUGAUGUACUUGAAAGAAAUUAUUGGUGAACUUGAUUUUGUUGAAGAUGCAAUGUUUGAACCUUUAAGAUUGUUGGAUAGAUUUAAGAAAGAAGCUGAAGAUGUGAAUUCCACUUCUGGGUUUAAGAGAGGGAUUAGAUUUGGUUAUAGGAAGCCUAAACUUGCAUUGGUUUUUGUGGAUCUGGAUGUUGAUUCAUAUCAGUUAUUAAUGGUGACAGUGGGAACUGCUUUGCAAGAGAUUGGUUACACAAUUGAGGUUUUUUCAAAUAAAGAUGGUCCGGCACAUGCUAUGUGGAAACAUAUAGGAGUUCCAUUCACUAUUAUUGAAGCCAAAGAUCGUUGUGGAAGUAGUGUGGAUUGGUUGAACUAUGAUGGUAUACUACUCAACUCUCUCGAGGGAAAAGAAAUCCUUUCUUGUUUUAUGCAGGAACCUUUCAAGUCAUUACCUCUCAUUUGGACCAUCCAUGAACAGAAUUUUGCAACUCGUUUAGAUACGUACACCAUUAAUGGAAAAAUUGAAAUCCUACAUGAUUGGAAGAAAAGCUUCAGUCGAGCUACUGCAGUGGUGUUUCCAAACUACGCCCUACCGUUACUUUAUUCAAAGUUUGACACGGGGAACUACAUUGUCAUUCCGGGAUCUCCAACUGAAGCGUGGGAAGCAGACAGUUUAACGGUCUUCAAUCAAGAGCAGUUCUAUUCGAAGAUGGGUCUCGCUACCGAUGAUUUUGUUGUGGCAAUUGUAGGAAGUCAGUUUAUGUACAAAAGUUUAUGGUUGGAGCACGCUCUUAUUUUGCAGGCUGUAAAGCCACUUAUCACUGAAUUUAUUCCGGGCAAUGGAUCCAGUUCUGGCUUGAAAAUCUUUGUUCUAACCGGAGAUUCUACCGGUAAUUAUACCAAGGCUGUGGAGGCCAUCUCCACAAGUCUGAAUUAUCCGAAAGAUAUCGUGAAGCAUGCUGGUCGUGAUGCAAAUGCCGAUGAUAUUCUCAGGAUUGCCAACCUUGUCAUAUAUGGAUCAUUUCUUGACGAGAAAUCAUUUCCGGAUAUCUUGAUAAAAGCCAUGUCCUACGAGAAGCUGAUAAUUGCCCCUAAUCUCUCCAUGAUACAGAAAUACGUGGAUGACCGGGUGAAUGGCUUUCUGUUCCCGAAGGAUGAUAUUAACGUCUUAACUAAGAUUCUAUUGAAAGUUAUUUCAAGAUCUAGAUUAUCACCUCUAGCUCAUAAUGUUGCUUCGAUCGGGAAAGGAACGGCUAAAAACAUGAAGGCUAUUGAAGCUAUUGAAGGUUAUGCAUCACUUUUGGAAAAUAUUCUUAAACUGCCGUCAGAAGUUGCCGUCCCAAAGCCUUUUGCUGACAUUCCGUCCAAAUACAAAAGUGAAUGGCGGUGGAGUGUCUUGAAUAUGAUUCGUGAUGUGACAUAUCGAAGCAGAGAUGUUGGUAAAUACUUAGACAAGAUUGAGGACCUUAACAAGACAGAACCCUCGAUUCCUACAUCUGUGAAAGAUGAAGACUUCUUAUAUAGCAUUUGGGAAGAACAGAAACAAAUAGAUAGUACUAUUGCUAGAAAGAGAAGAGAAGAUGCUGAGCUGAAGGAUAGAUCUGAUCAGCCUCGGGGAACAUGGGAAGAUGUAUAUCGAAAUUCUAGACGAGCGGAUCAUUUGAAGAAUGACUUGCAUGAGAGGGAUGACGGGGAGCUUGAAAGGACAGGUCAACCAUUGUGUAUAUAUGAACCCUACUUUGGGGAGGGAACCUGGCCUUUUUUGCACUAUGGCCCUCUUUAUCGAGGAAUUGGUAUGGCUUCUAAAGGGCGUAGACGUGGAACAGAUGAUGUGGAUGCAUCCUCACGACUUUCUCUUCUCAGCAAUCCAUAUUACCGUGAUGUGCUUGGAGAAUUUGGAGCGUUCUUUGCAAUUGCUAAUCGAGUUGACCGUAUACAUAAAAAUGCCUGGAUCGGGUUCCAGUCUUGGAGAGCAACAGCCAAAAAGCAGGUUGAAUUGUCUAAGAAAGCUGAGAAAGCGUUGCUUGAAGCCAUGGAAGCACGAGAACACGGGGACACUUUCUAUUUUUGGGUUCGGAUGGACUUGGAUCCCAGAAAUCCCUUAAACCAAGAUUUUUGGUCGUUUUGUGAUUCUGUUAACGCUGGCAAUUGUAGGUCUGCAUUUUCUGAUGCGUUCAAGCGAAUGUAUGGCAUUAAGCAAGAUUGGGAUUCCCUGCCACCCAUGCCUAUGGACGGAGAUACGUGGUCGGUAAUGCACAGUUGGGCCCUACCAACUAGGUCUUUCCUAGAAUUUGUUAUGUUUGCGAGAAUGUUUGUUGAUGCAUUGGAUGCUCAAAUGUACACUGAACACCAUCGAAAUGGGCACUGUUAUUUGAGCUUAUCUAAAGACAAGCAUUGUUACUCUCGGGUACUUGAACUUCUUGUAAACGUUUGGGCGUAUCACAGUGCGAGGCACAUGGUAUAUAUCAACCCGAAAAGUGGCAUGAUGCAAGAACAGCACGGAUUACAGAACAGGAGAGGUCACAUGUGGGUAAAGUUCUUCUCAUUCCGCACUCUUAAGAACAUGGAUGAGGACUUGGCCGAGGAAGCAGACUCCGAGGAUACAAAAAGACGAUGGCUGUGGCCAAGGACGGGUGAGAUCUACUGGCAGGGUGUUGCCGAUAAGGAGAGAGAUCAAAAGAAAAAGGAAAAGGCAGAAAAAAAGCGGAAAAACAAAGAAAAGCUUGAGAGAAUAAAAAGUCGGAACUCAAAGCAUAUGAAACCGAUAGACAAGUAUGUAAAACCCGCAACAGAGGAAAUCUCAAAGAUUACCACGAGUACGACAACUAACAGCACUACGGAAAUGGCAAGGAGAUAGUAUUUGGUUUUCCUUCCUAGCAAUUUGGUUGCUAAUUAAGUAGGUUAUAGUUGAUUAUUCUUUUUUGUAUCAAAAUAUUAAUUUUCUCGAGUCCAUUCUGUAAAAAAUUCGAUGAAAAGGAUGCAAAAGCUUGUAACCAGGGUUUGUGUUUGUAAAUGGAGUAUUAGGAGAGGAAGAAACAAUGCAUCCUCCUAGGGUAUUGAUUUGAUAAAUUCCUUACACUAUCCAAGUUUUCUACUAAAGAAAUUCCUUACACUA